ACUGUCUUCUCGAUGUGAAAGAUGAUUGGCUUUGGUCUUCUUCAUAAAGACACUUUUGAGCUUUCAGAGUGUUAUUUAGCCGCUGGAUUGUGUACUUUGCAUAUAUUUUGGCAGAGGAAAGAAUCUUUAGGACAAAGGGAGGUUGGGGAAGCUUUUGAUUGACUUGACUUUGAAAAGGGUUAGUGAAUGCGUUUGCAUUGUCGUAUUCUAUUGAUGAACAUACGGAACAGUGUACGCGGGAGGAUAAAAGGAACUGUUUUUCAAAAUGGGUUUUACAGGUAUGCUGAUUUGCUCUUGAGGAGAAGAAAUUUGCAUUGUUCUGCUUCAGCUUUUGCCAUGGCUGAUCAUUUCUUGGAAGUUUCUCUUCCGCCUUCGGUUGAGCAGUUUCUUCUUCAUAUAUGUAAGCUACAUGAUCAGCCACUGCCGGAUACUGAAGUGCUACGGGCGUUAGCUUCAGUGGGGGAAGUAGCUGCUCUUGAUGCCCUCCAUAAGAUCUCCUGUAGCACUGUAAGGAACCUUAGCGGUUUUAUUCUGCAUUUGGUUCGUAAGGAUUCUUGUGCUUCUCCUCAGAACAAGAUGGUUCGUGUUUCUCCUCAUCAGAGUCCUUCUUCCUCUUGUCCUGUUUCUCAGCUUCAGAGUCCUUCAACUUGCUCUGUUUCUUUGCAUCAAAGUCCUUCAACAUUCUCUGUUUGUAGCGGCCAAGGGCUAGGAACUGCUGAGAAUGCAAGCUUACAGCCACCAACUCCAGAAAAGUCUGGAAGCUUUUCAUCUUCGGUUUUGGACAGAGCAAGGAUUUCGCAAUUUGUGGCUUUGGGAGAACUUGAGUUUAGAAAGGCAUUUUUAUUAUUGAGUUACAUUGGAGGAGAAAGCCUUGAAAGGGUCACAACAGCAGACCAAAUUCAAAGUCUAAGCCAAUUAACGAUGGAAAAAUUUGAGGACGAAGUUUGGAAAAUAUUUGGUAAAAAAUAUGUUACAAAUGAAGAACGACGAGUGUAUGUUGAUUGGGAUCGUAGGAAAACACACAUUUACCACUGUCAUGUUGCUUUGGAUGGGAGUUGCAGGUUCAAGGGUCCCUUUUUGAACAAUACAAAAACUCAUCUGCAAAGGGUUUUAGGUGAUGACAAUGUUUUGAUGGUCAAGUUUGCUGAAGACAAAUCUGAUACACCAUUGUCAAACCAUUCUGGUGGUUCCUUUUAUGCUUAUAGCAAGAUUGCUAGAGAUGGCAUUCUUCUUGGAUUGCGUCGAUACCAUUUUUUUGUUUUCAAAGAUGGUGGGAAGGAGGAAAAAAAGAAGAAUCCAACCACAUCAGCUGUGAAGUGCUAUUUUGUUCGAAUGGAGUCAGAUGCGUAUAUUGAUAAGAUUGAACCUUAUAAAUUAUCAAAUAGAACAGUUUUUGAAGCAAGGAGUCUUUUCAUGCAUGCACACAUGGUGUCUAGUAUAGCAAGCUACAUGGCUAGGUUUUCACUCAUUCUGUCGAAGACCAUAAACCUGAAAAUUGAUUUGUCUACAGUAAAUGUUCAAAGAAUCGGGGAUAUACCCUGCAAGGAUAUCUAUGGCAAUGUCAUAUAUAGAGAUGGAAAACCUCUUAUACAUACUGACGGAACAGGAUUUAUAUCAGAGGACUUGGCUUUGGAGUGCCCUAUGAAUGUAUUUAAAGGGCAGGCAAAGCAUGAUGCUGAUCUUAAGGCUAUAUGGCAGAGAAUUCCUGCUUUUGAAGGAUUUCAGAAUAAGACUUUGCAACUAACACUUCCAGGACUUGAAUUGCGAGAACCACCCUUGCUGAUUCAGUUCCGACUUUUUUACAAUGGCCUUGCUGUUAAGGGAACAUUUCUAUUGAAUAAACAGCUUCCUCCUAGGACAAUUCAAAUCCGCGAUUCUAUGAUCAAAGUUGAAAUAGAUCCAGAUCUUGAAAAUUUUGAAACAGAGAAUUCACUGGAGUUAGUAGGGACCAGUAAUCCCCCGAAGAGGACAUUUCUUUCAAGAAAUUUAAUAGCACUGUUGAACUAUGGAGGUGUCCCAAGAGAGUACUUCAUGAAUAUCCUUGUGGAUGCUUUAAAAGAUGUUCAGGGUGUUUUCUCCAGUAAGCGUGCAGCUUUAAGAGUUUCCAUUAACAAUGGUGAAAUGGAUGACUUUCUAGUUGCAAGAAUGAUUUUAGCUGGCAUUCCUCUUGAUGAAUCAUAUUUGCAAUAUCGGCUAUCUGUGCUAUUGAAGGAGGAGAAAAAGAGCUUGAAAAGCGGAAGACUUCACGUGCCUGAAUGUUAUUAUUUAAUGGGGACAGUCGAUCCCACAUUUACACUUGAAAGCGGCGAAGUCUGUGUUAUCCUUGAGAAUGGACAAAUCAACGGGAAGGUUCUUGUUUAUCGCAAUCCUGGUCUACAUUUUGGUGAUAUCCAUGUUUUAACAGCUAAAUAUGUGGAGAAGUUAGUACCUGUUGUUGGAAAUGCGAAAUAUGCCAUAUUCUUUUCCAGUAAGGGUCCCCGUUCAGUAGCUGAUGAAAUAGCAGGUGGUGAUUUUGACGGUGAUAUGUACUGGGUUUCCAGAAAUUCACAGUUGUUAGAGUAUUUCAGACCAUGUGAACCAUGGAGGCCAAGUCCUUCAACUGAAGUAGUUACAAAUAAAAAGCCGAAAGAAUUUUCUGCCGACGAGUUGGAGAACGAGCUAUUUAAACUGUUCUUGUCUACUAGGUUUCAGCCAAGUUAUGCAAAGAGUGUUGCAGCUGAUAACUGGUUGGCAUUGAUGGAUCAGUUCCUAAUGUUGGGUGAAGAGCGUAAAGAAGAAAGAAAUUGUAUAAGGGCUAAGAUUCUGCAGUUGAUCAAUAUAUAUUAUGAUGCUUUAGAUGCACCUAAAAAAGGCGGGAAGAAGAUUGAAGUUCCAAAACACCUGAAGGCAGGAACUUUACCUCAUUUUAUGGAAAGGGGAAAAAAUUCAUAUGUUUCAACUUCAAUUCUUGGACAAAUUUUUGACACCGCUAACAUGUAUCAAGAAGAAGUGCCAAACAUUGAGGUUCAAAAACUUCCUUGCUUUGAAGAGGAACUGCCCGAAUAUAUCUUCAUGAAGUGGAAGUUUCUCUAUGAGUUGUAUAGAAAAGACAUGGUGGACGCCAUGCAGCUCGAUCCCGAUGCCAAAAACAUAGCUGCUGAAGCCACAAUUAAGAAGUACAAGGAGAUAUUGUAUGGUGCUGAAGAACUCGAGGGGAGCCCGAGGUCGAAUGAGGAGGUUUACCAAGAGGCUCUUGCAAUUUAUCAAGUUACAUAUGACCAUGCCAUGAGCCGCAGUGUGCGCAAUUGUGGCUUUGCAUGGAAAGUUGCAGGUUCGGCUCUCUUCAAGCUUUAUGCUAUAAAACAUUCUGAAAGAAGCUUUCAUUGUCUUCCUUCAGUUAUGCGUGAGAUAUUUAGGUAGAUUAUGUAUUAUAAUAUUAUAAGCAUAAGUGUAUAUCAAGAUGUAAAUAAUCUAAUUUAAAAUCUUAUUAGGGGGUUCUCAUAUAAACAUAUAAUUUAACCUAAAUAUUUAACAUCUUCUAGCUUAUUAUCCUUUAGUGAUAUGUAUCUAAAUUAUAGUUUUUCUUUCU